AUGAGCUUCAGUAUCAACUUCUCGCCAAGCGCAUGGCAAGAUCCUCCCUCCCUUCAUCAUCCAUUCCUCAUUCAGAUCCGCGAGGCCGCGUCCAAGUACCGCCUUCAAUCCGCCGCACACUUCAACAUACCAAUCGACGUAUGCCAGGCGACUCACGACUCAAAUCCAGACCGUUUCGCCGAUAUCGACGGAGACUUCCAAAUCUGCGUAGGGUUCUACAACUUUGGCACCGACCCUGUCUUCGCCGUCUGCCGUCCCAAGGUCGCGAAACGUGGAAGGAACAAGGGCAAAGUUGUCAAGGGUGCCGUUCAGGUAUGGAUGAGGACCAAGUUCGUACCGGUGGGGCGAUUCUUCGAGGCUGAGUUCUCGCCGUUGAAUGGGCCUGUCGCCGACGAAAUCAUGUUCCAAUGGUGGAAUGCCAACGGCCGGACCUUCAAUUGGACUGGCCUACCCACUGAGGUAAAAGAGCGUGUCCUAAUGUUCUGCCUGCACCAAUCUCCUCCGCUACCAAUUCAGAAGAAGUCUCGAGGCCGCAUCCGCCAGGUCACGCAAGGCGCACCAGAAGUCAUCGGUCAGCUGGGAAAAUGGGCAUCUCUCCUCACAGUCUCCCAUCAAGUACGCGCGAUCAGCCUGCGCCUGUGCUUUGCGGGAAACAGUGACCUCGAGUUCGGCGAUGGGCUUUGUAUAGUGGCUGAGAGCGUGCUCAGCUUCCAGCGCAGCAUCCGGAGACUAGACAAACAUCGUCAGUUGACCGCUGUGAACAGUCUCCCGUCCGAUGAGAAGGCCAGGGAGUUGGAAACACUAUACAAAGCGUUCCCAAAGCUCUAUCCGCACUUGGACCGAUUCGCGACCUUCAGUCAUGGCAUCCGCAAAAUCUACUUACAGCUGUCUUUCAUCGACGCGCUUUGUUUCUUCAAAGUCACUGCUGGAUCAUUCGCACAGCACUGGAUGCCACAUAAGCCAAACUUCGAAGUCCUCGAGAAGCUUCCACACCUGAAUGAGUUGAUCUUCCAACUACCAGAUGCCACUGGGUAUCUCGAGGACGAUUUGAGAAAGCUACCAGUCAGCAUCUUCUACGGCGAACCAUUCAAUUGUCCCCGUACGUUACAUCGCUUGAUCUACGAGAGCGCCGCCGAGGUCCUAGCUCCAUACAAAGUUGUCAAGCUUCAUGGCUUCAUGGACGAGGAAGAGGAAAUCAGGUUCUUGAGCCUUCGCGACUUUGCGAAGAAAGAUCUAAAGAUUACUACUGAGGAGCUCCAAGAGCUAUACGAGGAAGACGAGGGUGGUAUAGAGUUGGAGAAAAAUGUUAUUCCUGGUGUUAAGAAGGAAGAGACGUAUGGAGAGAAGCAAGAGAUCGUCCCCGAUGAGUUCUGGCCGCCCAAGUGCCGGUGCGAGACACCGUGCCGGGAGGUUCUCCAUCCGAGCUCUGGCUGA